AUGAGCGGAUCUGAACCUUGGUGGCAACAGUACGAUCCUGACACCGUCACUAUUAGUGAUGACAGCGUUCCGGAUUCUUGGAAAAUCUGUACAAUUGAUGGGGUUUACUUCGGAGGGAAUUCUUACAGCGGAUCAUUGGGUGCGCGUAUCUCAUCUAUCUUUGUUAUCCUGUUUAUGAGUACCUUCUUCACACUGUUUCCAGUUAUCGCUGCGAGAUCAAAGAGACUCAAGGUUCCCAAAUACGUUUACCUAUUCGCGAGAUACUUUGGUACGGGUGUUAUCGUUGCUACGGCCUUUAUUCAUUUAUUGGACCCUGCUUACGGCGAGAUAGGGCCUCAGAGUUGUGUGGGUAUGUCUGGUAACUGGUCCAAGUACUCUUUUUGCCCUGCAAUUAUUUUAUUCACUGUGUUCUCCAUCUUUAUCGUUGACUUAGCGAGUGAUGUAUAUGUCAAACGCAGAUUCGGCAUCACCCAUGGCCACGGUGACGAAAUUGAAAAUGCCAUCGUGAAGCGCCAAGAGGCAACCAACAACAAUGUCGACAUCGAGAGCCACAACCUGGGUCACUCCGCUGAUUCUGAUGAUAAAAGCAAGAAGUCGUACGAUGUUGUGUCGAACGCGAGUACUGAGAUUGUCACUCAAUCCUUCGAAAGUCAAAUUGGUGCCUUCCUCAUCCUCGAGUUUGGUGUCAUUUUUCACUCCGUUAUGAUUGGCCUCAACUUGGGUACCACAGAUGAUGAAUUCUCUACCCUGUACCCAGUUCUAGUGUUCCAUCAAUCUUUUGAAGGUCUGGGUAUUGGCGCUAGACUUUCGGCAAUCGAGUUCCCCAAAAAUAAAUGGUGGUGGCCAUACGCACUCUGUGUUGCCUACGGAUUGACUACACCAAUCUGUGUCGCAAUCGGUCUGGGUGUCAGAACUACCUAUGACGGCAACUCUUACACCGUCAAUGUCGUUUCAGGAGUGCUCGAUGCCAUUUCCGCAGGCAUCUUAAUGUACACCGGUCUCGUUGAACUUCUGGCGCGUGACUUCAUUUUCGAUGAGAACAGAACCAAUGACAUUUCAAAAUUGUUGUUCAUGGUAAAUUGCACUCUAUGGGGCGCGGGCUUGAUGGCCUUGCUGGGCAAAUGGGCUUGA